AUGGCUCUCAUUUAUGUAUUUGUGUCGAAUUUAGCAUCACCUGUUAUCAUGCGUCAGGUGUUGGGAUUAUAUGAAUUAUUCAAGCUGAAACGUCAGAGAAAACGUGGCCGCAGUCUGGAUGUUGAAGCAGAGUCGGAGCCAGCAAUCGUUAGCACAGCGCCUCGCAAUGAGCUGCCUUCCCAGGUUGACGAGUCCCAUCUGCUGGAAGCAACUGAUUUUAAGGCGCCAGAGGCCCGCCUUCGCCUCUUCUCCAUGUUGGUAGAAGCAGUUCCGCCAGGCCUAGAGGCUAAGCCACAGGCAUCUACGGACAAUCUGGAGGCACCUGCGGACAAUCCGGAGGCACCUGCGGACAAUCCGGAGGCACCUGCGGACAAUCCGGAGGCACCUGUGGACAAUCCGGAGGCACCUGCGGACAAUCCGGAGGCACCUGCGGACAAUCCGGAGGCACCUGUGCACAAUCCGGAGGAACCUGUGGACAAUCCGGAGGCACCUGCGGGCAAUCUGGAGGCACCUGCGGACAAUCCGGAGGCACCUGCGGACAAUCCGGAGGCACCUGCGGACAAUCCGGAGGCACCUGCGGGCAAUCUGGAGGCACCUGCGGACAAUCCGGAGGCACCUGCGGACAAUCCGGAGGCACCUGUGGACAAUCCGGAGGCACCUGCGGACAAUCCGGAGGCACCUGCGGACAAUCCGGAGGCACCUGCGGACAAUCCGGAGGCACCUGCGGACAAUCCAGAGGUACCUGCGGACAAUCCGGAGGCACCUGUGGGCAAUCUGGAGCCACCUGUGGACAAUCCGGAGGCACCUGCGGACAAUUCGGAGGCACCUGUGGACAAUCCGGAGGCACCUGUGGACAAUCCGGAGGCACCUGUGGACAAUCCGGAGGCACCUGUGGACAAUCCGGAGGCACCUGUGGACAAUCCGGAGGCACCUGUUCGCUUCCCAAACCACGUCAUCAGUACUCUACCAAUACCAUGCCACCUACGUCAUCUACAGUCCGCACCAAUCAGAGACCACACCAUCAAAAAGACCAGUGACGCAAUACCUACGUCAUCAACAGUCCGCACCAAUCAGAGACCACACCGACCAGUGACGCAAUACCUACGUCAUCAACAGUCCGCACCAGAGACCACACCGACCAGUGACGCAAUACCUACGUCAUCAACAGUCCGCACCAAUCAGAGACCACACCGACCAGUGACGCAAUACCUACGUCAUCAACAGUCCGCACCAGAGACCACACCGACCAGUGACGCAAUACCUACGUCAUCAACAGUCCGCACCAAUCAGAGACCACACCGACCAGUGACGCAAUACCUACGUCAUCAAUACACAAGACCAACCAGCCCAAUAGUUUAA